GGCCACAUCUAGUCUCUCUCUCUGUUGUUCAGGUUCAGCAGUGCUCUUCUCAUUCUGUCUCUGUAUCACUUCUAAUAUUUUUCCAUGAUGGAUUGCGCUUUUGCCAAUCUAGAUGCUGCUGGUUUUCUACAGAUCUGGCAACACUUUGAUGCUGAUGAUAAUGGCUACAUUGAAGGGAAAGAGCUUGAUGACUUCUUCCGAAACAUGUUAAAACAAUUAGGACCAGAGGAUACGAUAACAGAGGAAAGAGUGCAGCAGACAAAGACGAGGUUUAUGUCGGCCUAUGACGUCACAGCUGAUGGACGCCUGCAAAUCCAGGAGCUGGCCAAUAUGAUCCUGCCAGAGGAUGAGAACUUCCUCCUUAUCUUUCGUAGAGAAGCUCCUCUAGAUAAUAGUGUGGAGUUUAUGAAGAUCUGGAGGAAAUAUGAUGCUGACAGCAGUGGUUACAUAUCAGCUGUGGAACUUAAGGGUUUCUUGAAGGACCUGUUUCUACAGCAAAAAAGGAAUAUUCCCUCCAGCAAGCUGGAUGAAUACACAGAUACCAUGAUGAAAAUUUUUGACAAAAAUAACGAUGGAAGAUUGGAUCUGAAUGACCUUGCUAGAAUCCUGGCUUUACAAGAGAACUUCCUGUUGCAGUUCAAAAUGGAUGCCAGUAGUAAAUUGGAGAGGAAGAGAGACUUUGAGAAGAUCUUUGCUCACUAUGAUGUAAGUAAGACUGGAGCUCUUGAAGGACCAGAGGUAGACGGGUUUGUCAAAGACAUGAUGGAGCUCGUCAAACCCAGUAUCAGUGGAGUGGAUCUGGAUAAGCUCCGUGAAGUGUUGCUGCGUCACUGUGAUGUUAAUAAAGAUGGAAAGAUCCAAAAGAGCGAGCUUGCCUUGUGUUUGGGAGUGAAGCUGAAACCAUAAUCCUCACAUUGUAAACUGGAGUUUUUACACCACAUUUACUUCUGAAAACUAGACAUACUAUAUUUGUGUAAGUUGUAAGCAUGUGUCUAUGUAUUACAUAUGACAAUACUGUACUUGUGUGUUGUUUAUUUGGACAACAGUUUGCAUUCUAUUGUUUAUUGGUUUUAAAUUAAUUUAAUGUAAUAUAAUAACUCUGAUUACUAAUAACUGAUAACUUUAAAACUGUCCACUUCAGCGACAAUGAAUAUUCAUCAAUAUUAAGCAUGUAUGAUAUAGGUGACUGCAAGAGACAUGUUAUAUGUACUGUAACCAUUAAAAA